AUGCCCUCGGCCAUUCCUGAUAAUGGCACUCGCCAAUAUAAUUCGCUGUGUGAUAGGACGAAUGACACCUCUGAGUCAACUCUUCAGAGUGACUCAAUCCCUCCCCAUCCUUUAGGACUCAAGCCUCUAGGCAACCAGUACUUCUCUACAGGCCGUAAUGCUAGGCGGUCAAUUGGAGCAUGGCGGCUUCUCCCAGACGAAGUCGUCUCGCUUGUGUUUGAACAGUUUGACGCCGAGGCCCUGCUGAAGCUUGGUCACACUUGCAAGUUUUUCUAUGCCUUUUGCCACUCAGAUGAAUUUUGGAAGCCCGUAUUCUUACAGUCACCACCAAAGGAUAGCAAGGAUAUUAGAUGGCAAGGGUCGUGGAGGUCAACUGUCCUGGGACUCCCAAGUGAUCAACAAAUCAAUAUCGACUGUAGCAAUGUCUUUUCAGAUGUCCUUCACCGACCAUUUGCUUGCAGCCAUGUCAUCCUAUCUCAGUUCACCUCGAAUAUCCCCAAGGCAAACCAGAUCCGCCGCUUGGAGAACCUGACCUACGACCAGUACGCCGAAAAGUGGACUGAACAGCCAUUCAUCCUUACCAAGUGCAUCCAGGAAUGGCCAGUAUUCAGCGAAUGGACCAUUGAUAGCUUGCUUGGGAAGUAUGCACAUAUCGACUUCCGCGCUGAGGCUGUGGAUUGGCCAUAUGCAACCUACUAUAACUACAUGAAGAACAACAGAGAUGAGAGUCCUCUGUAUCUGUUCGAUCGCAGGUUUGCGGAGAAAAUGGACCUGCGGCUGGCCGAGAAGGAAAACUCGGCGUACUGGAAACCUGAGUGCUUUGGGCCCGACUUGUUCGAGCGAAGCGGUUCAACGUUCCAUAAAGAUCCGAAUGCGACAAGUGCAUGGAACGCCGUGAUUCAGGGAAGCAAGUACUGGAUCAUGUUCCCUCCUGCAACACAGGUACCUGGAGUUCAUGUAUCUGAAGACAGUAGUGAAGUCACGAGCCCCCUCAGCAUAGCUGAAUGGCUCCUCACUUUCCACGAAGAAGCACGGCAGCUUCCCGAUUGUAUCGAAGGCAUCUGCGAUGCGGGCGAGAUUCUGCAUGUUCCAAGCGGAUGGUGGCAUCUGGUGAUUAACCUCGAAAGCGGUAUUGCCCUUACACAGAAUUUCGUGCCCCAGAGCUUAAACCUUUUGUCAGAAGUUGUUUCCUUCCUCCGGGAUAAGGCUGAUCAGGUCAGUGGUUUCGAAGAUAGGGUUACGGACCCAUCUGGACUCUUCAUGGAGAGGAUGAAGAGUAGCUACCCGGAAGUCCUUGAGAAAGCACUGGAUCUGGCGGACAAAAAGAGCGGAAAGAAGCGCAAAUGGGAUGCUGCUGUUGGCGCAGCAGAUGACGAGCAGCAGGGUGGAGGCGGUGGUUUCAGCUUUGGUUUUGGAGGUGACGACGACGACGAGAUACCCUAG